AUCUAUAGUCUUGACUUCUUUAAGGAUUAUCUACGCGGAGUGUCGCAAAAGGACAAGUCCGCGUUUGGCCAGCACAUGAAGCGAUACCUUAGCAUGUAUGUCCCAAAUGCGGGAUUCGAAAUAUGCGACACACGUCGGUACAGUCAAGAAGGUGAAGAGGCCCAAGCUUGUGUUAUAGCUACAAAAGACUGGAGUAUUGGAGACGAGAUAAAAAUGUGCUCCGGAAUGAUUGCUGUAUUGGCCUCCGAAGAUGAUGAUGAAUUGAAGCGUCAGAAUAGAGACUUUAGUGUCAUGUUCUCCACACGGAAGAAUUGUAGUUGCCUGUUCCUUGGUCCUGCUCGCUUUAUGAACCAUGAUUGUGACUCUAACUGCAAGUUUAUCCCUCUUGGCCAAGCGGCAAUAACCCUAAAAGUAGUCAAAGACGUCAAAUGUGGAGAUGAACUUACGUCGUUUUACGGCGAUCAGUAUUUUGGAGAAGAUAAUUGUGAGUGUCGCUGUGUGACCUGUGAAAGGCAAGUUUGGAUAUGUUAUUUAGAUAUGCACAUAAAGAGAAUACGAUGUUUACAUUUUUUACAUUUGGUGCCCGGUAUUUAA